AUGGAUUCAAUGCUCACUAUCACAGUUCGCAAGCAUCUUUUUGAAAAGGUGAGACCAUUUUUGGCAAUGCUUCACAGAAACGAACCUCCCAAAUCUCCAGUCAAACAAAUUGUCCAGAAGGAACCUAAGGGAAAGGGAAAAUUGAUUAAUGACGAGCCCAUAUUUGACAAUGAUGAAGACGAAGAGCCUAAUGAAGCUGAAUUUAAAAGGCGGAAGGCUCGUGAUGCCGAGUUGAAUGAAAACCAACGAAUCAUCAGGGAGGCAGAGGAAAAAGAAAGAGUUGAGAGAGAGGCUCAAGACACUCUUCAAAGCAAGCAGCUUUUAUUUCCAAAAUGGACCAUGAAGCGAAUCCAAAAUGACACAGUCAAUUUACUUAGCCAGUAUUGGUUAGAGCCAACUGUGUCUUUUGAAUUUCAAAAUACACAAGAUUCGCAGUUGGAUCUACCCAUUAUUCCGAAGGCAUUCAGAUUUCGUGUGUCUGUGAAAGUUGUGAAUGUUCCUCUCUUAGAGAUCAGUGCUGAUCAAAUGUUGUUCACGUUUUAUCUGAAGCACAUUAAGCCUCAAUACGAGACUUGGUCCCUGAGCAAGAUAACUGGUGUGAAGGUCACUGGACCUAUUGAGACUGAUAACUUUCCAAAUGCUAAAUUCAAAGUUGCAAGAGGUUCAACCAGUCAAGUCUACGAGUUUACUCAUGCAGAUUUACCAUGUCUUAAUCCCAAUGAUGGGUCCGUUCUUUACAACAUGCUGCUAAGAGAAAAAUAG